AUGGCAGCGAUCCAGCUUAACUUCACCCUCCGCACCUCCGCCAACGUCAAGACCGUCCACCUCCUCGGCUCCUGGGACAACUACAACGGCCAGCUCCCGCUCUCCAAGGAUGCCGCUAAGGCUGGUGGCUGGAAGGGCACCUUCCGCUUCCAGGGCACCACGCUCCAGCAGGGCAAGCGCUACUGGUACUACUACAUCAUCGACGGCUACCACGUCUCGCACGAUCCCGCCCGCGAGUCCGUGACCGAGCCCACCACCGGCCGCAAGCUCAACACGCUCGACAUCCCCGCCGCCAAGACCGCCCCGGCCGCCGCUGCUCCCGCCGCCGCCCCAGCUGCAUCGAACCGGCACUCGCGCCGCGCCUCCGCCAACGUGCCCAAGGGCCGCUCCCUCUCCCCGUCCCAGAUCAAGUCCCCUCGCCCCGUGAAGCCAAACGAGACCCGCCAGAUCGUCGCCGGCGCCUACGAGCCCGCGACCGUCGAGGCGCUCACCAGCCGCUUCAGCAAGGCGACCAUGGAGGACAGCGAGGACGACUCCGAGGACGACUCCGACGAGGACGACUCCGACAACGAGUCCGACGUCCCGUCGCUCACGAGCCGCAGCUCCCGCAGCUCCAACAGCUCUUCGCCAUCCAGCGUCUCGAGCUCCAGCUCCUGCUGCACGUGCGAGCGCUACGGCAUCACGCGCGCCGGCGACCGCGUCAAGCUCGACUGCGGCGGUGCUCGCUGUGGGUACUCUGACGACAGCGAGGAGUGCAGCUCCGAGGAUGACGAGGGGUACCAGGCCCGCACGACCCGCCGCCAAGGCAUCGUUGUGCGUCGCUAG